AUGUAAAUAAUUGGUUAUGAAGUUAUUUUAAUGGAAUCGUAUAUUAGUUUGAACCUUUUCCUUUAUGGGCUGAUGAUCCCAUUUUAAAUUUUGAAAAUUUUUGAUCUAAAAUAUGAUUCAGGAUAUUUAGAUAAAUUUUUAUUAGAAAUAGAACUAGCAAUAAAAUAAAGUCAAGAAUAUUAAAUUUUAUCUUCAUAAUUUAAAAAAGCAGUUUCAAGAUUUGCUAAGGAUUCUGAAGAUGUAUUAUUAUUAUUUUAAUUAAAAACUUAAAUAAUUAUUUAAUAAAAGAUUUCAAGAAUAUUUGAUAAAGAGGAAGAAGGAGUAAUCCUUAAAGAUAAAAUAAGAUAAUUAAUGAAUUUAAGAUUAGAAGAUAUGAGAAGAUAAAUAGAUAAUCAAGAAGAAGCAUAAUAAUAUGCAGAAAAAAUAAGAGAAAAUAGAUUAAAAACAUUAUCUAAAUUUGAUAUUUAAAUAAUAAAAGAUACUGAAGAAUUUGUAAUGUAAAUGUGUGAUCCUGAAACUUUUGACGGAAGUAUGAUUUUUUGUGCAAAAACUAUUCUUUCAUAUUAUGAGGUUAGAAAAGAUAGAAUUUUAUCAGAUUAUUUAUACAUGUUAGUUAUUCCAUUAAUGAGUGUUUUUGCUGAAGCAAAGCAUUUGCAUAAAAUUCCAGUUGAUUUAGUAGGAUAUUUUUUUAGUAUUUAAAAAGUUGUUUCUUAUUUUGAUCCACUUGUUGAUUUGCUUGUUAUUCAAGAUGAAUAUUACGAAUAAGAAAUGACAGAUUUUAUUAUGAGUUCACUAGCACUUGUUGAUUAGGAGGUUUUAGAUAAAAUACAGGAAGUUCUUAAUUUAGAUAUUCCUUCAUAAAGAACUUUAAUCGUACUUAUAGUAAAAAGAUUUGUUCAUUCUUUAGGAUUUGCAUUUCUUCCAAUGAAUAAAAAAGCCUAUAAAAAAAAAUGGUUGGAAGGUGAAGAAGAAAAUAAAUAUUAAAAAAAUACUCAAUAUGAUUAUAAUUCGAAAUUAAAAAGUUAGUUUGAUGAAGAUGAAAGUGAAUAUAAUGAAGAAAGUGGACUUCAUGGAAGAAAAGUUGAAUUAUAAAAAAUUAAUGCAGAAGAUAUUAUGAAAUAACUAAAAAUAAAGUAAUAAAUUCCAGAAAAUAUGGGUAUAGUACCUAUCAUUAAUGAUGAUGAAAGUGAAAAUUCUAAUCAUAAUGUUUUAUACUGA